GCUUGAGAGUAGUUCAGUCUGUGUUGCAAGCUCAUAUAUCUGAAGAUAAAUAAAUUCACAAAGAAGUUGUACUUAGUCGUGCCAGUAGAUUCGGUGAGGAGGAUACAGGAAGCUAAUCAUGGAUAACGAUUGACGUCCCUCCUUGCCAAUUGAUGCAAGGACGAUGCUACUGCCAUAGGCAAUGGGAGAGCAGGUCCAUCGGGCCACUUUCAAACCAAGAUAAUGUACAGGAUGUUUACGUUUGGUGGAAUCCAGCCCCGGUUUGUUUCCUUUGGUAUCCUUAAUUUACUUUUAACUAGAGACAUUUUUUUUUUUGUUCCGGGGAGGCUUUUCGUAACCUGAUUUUUUUAUUUUUUAUUUUUCAUUUACUGGAGACGUUUGACAGUAGCGGUAUGACCGUAUUCUAAAUUGAACAUGGUGUAGUACGCAGUGACGCCUGAGAGCGGCAGCGUUGUGCUUUCCACGCGUCGACUCCCGAGAAGAAGAAAAAGGGUAGUGACGUCACAUUUUCAACAAGGAUGGCGGUUGAUUUGACGCCGCGAUUUCGACGACUUAACAGCCAGACGCGAAGUUUUCGCGACAAUUUGCACUGCCGCGGUGUAGCUGGUCCUUUCGGAGCCACCCAGCUGUGGCACAACAUCAUCCGCGCCCUGCGCGCCCAGGUGGAGGUGCGUCGCCGCCGCAGGCACCUGCGCGUGCACGCCAACAGCUUCUCGGGCGCGGACGCGGUGGACGCCGUGCUGAGCUACCUGAUGCAGAACGCAGCCUUCGGCGGCGGCGGAGGCGAGUUGUCGCGCCUCACGGCCGCCCGGCUCUGCCAGGCCCUGAUGGAGGCCAGGGUGUUCGAACCAGUCGGGGGGAAACUCUUUCGCCGGGACAAGGAGACGACGUUCGAGGACGGCGGCGGGAGCCUGUACCGCUUCUUGGAGUGCAAGGAGCAGGAGUGCGACAGCGACACUCACGAGGAGAUAAAGAUGAAGAUGAAGAGGAACAAGCAUUCCAGGUUGAAUGACGUGCACACAAUCGCCAAUCCUCUCGCCGCGGGGCCUGACAAGAAGGUGGAGACGCUCCUGAGGUCCAUCAACCUGCGGCCGUCCCCGCCUUCGACCGCGUCCCCCUCCCUGCCUCAGACAGCGGUAGAGGAGGUGUGGAGGCGGAAGGCGCUGCUGCAGCUGCUGCAGACGAUGGAGCUGCCCGUGCUGGAUGGCAUCCUGGCGUCUCCUGCCGGGGUCCACGCUGGGGCUCGGAGGGCUCCACUGCAGGACCUGGUGAUUCCAAACACGUGCCUGGAGAGGGAUCUGCCGGACGCCCUCAACCUUCCCAAGUGGGACGGGUGGCUUUCAGCGGCGGCCGACUGCCUGGAGUUCCUCCCCGACCAGCUGAUCGCGGCGGCCGGCGAGCACCUCCGGCGGGAGGGCGGCGACGGGACACCGGAGCGAGCGAAGCGACUUCUCUUCGACGCUAUCGCCAAGCACUACGACGGGGGGGAGACGGCGCCGCUGCUCUCGGGGCGCUACCAGGACGUCCUCGUCGGCAUCGUCGAGAUGCUGGAGCAAGCGAGGGUGCAGCGCGCCAUCCGGGCCUCUCAGCUCUGCCUUCACCUGCUCCAGUCGAGCACGCGGGACGAGCUUCGCCGCCUCUUGGCCUUCAUGGCGGCGGCGGCCUGCCCUCGCGCCUGCCGCCUCCAAAGACAAGUGGACAACCGCACCGUGGUCUGCCGCGCUUUCCAAAAGGCCGUCGUCCACAACGGUCAACUGACGAGAGCGCAGAGCGAGACCUUGGUCCUGUUUCUCGUGGACAACCACACGGACCUCUUUAAGACUCCGACAUCCCUCACCGAAGCUGUGCACAGGACACUGAGGAGCAUGCGGGAGGGCAAAGACGCUGACUCCGUGGCCACGAUCGCCUUCUGCGAGCAGGUGACGGCGCAGGAGUACCGCAAGCGGCGCGACCGCGCCACGCACGAGAGCCUCGCGCGCCUCCUCCUGCACGUGGCCUCGUCGCCCGCGAGCGGCAGGGAGAAGAGGAGGCGCCUCAAGCGGUUUGAGAAGCACCACCCGGUGGUCUUCCUCCGGCAUCUCCGUAGCAACAUCUGAACGCGACGACAGUGGAUUUGGCUUGAUGGCAGUUGAUGCUUUGUAAUUGUUAGAUUUGUUGUGUUUAUCGCUGGAUGAUUAUCAAAUGCCAGAGGGAUUAUUACCACUGCUGUGGCUUUUAAUAACGUAUUUAAAUUAAGUUGAUGUGUCGGAAAAUAAUGAAAUAAGGCUGGAUGGACUCGCAUCAUGUAAUUACAUUUUCAAAAAUCAAUUGGGCCUGUACACUGGAAACAUUUUUGAAUGCACUUUAUUCAAAUUAUCAAAUGGCGCUUGUAAUAUUUAAUGUGUUGUGAUGGAAUAUUUUCAUUAUUCAUUCAAUUGCUGAUGACCAUCAGCUAGGAAGUUUUAAGCAAAUGCAUUUUUAAUGUUAUCUGUAUAAUUAAUACAAAAUAUAUUUUGAUUUGUGAAUAUUAAAAUUGAAUUGCGAAAUAGU